CCGGAUGACGCACUUCCUGGAUACGGUUGUCAAGUUUACAUUUCUUGUAUUUUCGGGCUCUUGUCAAAACUGAGCGAGUAUCUUCAAAUUCUACAAAGGGAAUCGCAAUAAAACAGACAUGAGCGGAACUAUUUACGACUUGAUACCUCAUGAAGAGGAGAAACAGUCAAAACCACCAAGGUACAUGUCAAAGUUCAGACAGCCUGUAAAGGAGGAAUACUUCACACACAAAGGAGACUACAAAACUAUGGGACAGGCUAAAGUUCCUGCUCCAACAACUGAUAAUUUUCUAAAGAAGCAUUCAAAGGAACCGAAAUUGCCAGACAAGACUGAGUUCAAAUAUCCAGAUGACGAUAGAAAACGCCCAAUGGUCCCAGCAAAGGAUGAUAAGCCACUCAUGGGAUUGAAAACAACUAAAAAUUUCAUUACAACAAAUGCAGUUCAAACUAUCACCUCAGUUCCAAAGAAACCCGAGAAGGUGUAUGUAGAUACAAUUAAAGGUGACAAGAACCUCUUGGUACCAUCUGGACUUGAACCAGUGUACAUUCACAAAAAGGAAUAUGGAACAACACCACAGUACCUAACACGGCGCCAGGAGGAGAUGAAACGCGCUCAAGAGGAAUACAAUGCUUAUGUUGCAGAGCAUUUCCGAAGGGGAGCCAUGCAACAGCUAACAAACGAAGAGCGCCAAUCAAUCUUAGACGGACUCAAGCGAAACUGGGAAGAAAUUCAUGACCAAUAUCAAGGUUUGUCUGUUGUCACAGAUACUGCACCAAAGAAGAACAGGAAAGAGCGAAUGGAAGCAGAGAUGAAGCAACUAGAAAGAGACAUUGAAUCAAUAGAGCGUCACAAAGUUAUCUACAUUGCAUAACUGUUUCUGAAUGUUUUUGAACUAAGGAUGUGCAAAUUUCAACCAUUUUAAAAUAAAGAAGGUAUCAGUAAUUGAAAUAAUUCAAAAAUUAAAGCUAAAAGAUUAAAAGAAAUGGUGUUUUUGUGCUUUCUAAAAGAACUACAGAGAUAAUAAUUGUAAAGAAAUGCCAUUAAGCUUGUAAAACAUCUUGUAAUUUGAAAUUUGGUUUUUCUAGCAAAUAACUAGCCCAGAGAUGUGUACUAUAUUCUGCAUGCUUGACAGGAACAGUCCUUAUUUUUCUGGAAAUGAAAGAAUAAGUUUGAACAUUCACAAUUUGUAGCACGAGAUGUUGCAUCAAUCAGCAUGAAGAUUUUCACGAGUCUUAAAAAGAAUACCAGGAAUGUUUACUUUAAUAGUCCAUGCUUUUGUCUGUGAUACCAUAUGUAUAUAUGUUGUUGAUUGUACAUUUCACCCAGUAUAGUUUUACCUAUUAAAUACAAGAGCUUCUUGCUGCAUGGUUUGUCCGUGACCUAAAAAAAAACUUGGAGCACAUAUAAAAAUAGCAGAAUGGCAGACAUCUUGCUCAUGUAACUGCCCUCAUUUCACUUGUUACGGAGUGUGUUGAUUUAGCAUUUACAUUACUGCAUCUUUCUUGUGUAGCUAAUUUUUACUGUUAUCUAGGUAAUAUGUACAAUAGUUAUUUAUGCGUUGAGAAAAUGGUGUAAUUUGAUUAUUAGUUGUUGUAGAAGUGACUGUAGCAACAAAGCUUGCUGUCUUAAAGAUUUUAAAUUUCUAAUUUCUAGCUCUGUUCUCCAAGGAAAAUCUGCAUGUCUUAAACAUUGUAACAUUUAUACACCGUCAUCUUAAAUUUCCUUAUUUUUGAGAUAUGCAUGUAUUUUACAAAUGUAAAGGUAUUUUAUAGAGAGGGGUAUUACAUGAUUGUAUAAAUACAUGUAGUAUUAUAUUAAAGUGAUAUUUGAAGACCA